CUCCGCGCCAGCCCAUACCAUAUACCAUUUAUAGCGUCAUACAACACCAUGCAGUCAGCUCCUUCGCUGCUAUCGCGCUUUGGCUGCCUCGUGCGUCCCGCCAAUUUCGCUGCGGCCUCUGUGGCCUCACGAGCUAUGAGCACUGCUUAUGACGUAGGAUCCUCUACCAACAUUAAGUGGCACGAGGGCGCUGUCCCCACGGAAAAUAAGGAGGCGAUUAUGCAACAGAAGGGAUGCGUCGUUUGGUUCACCGGCCUGAGCGGGUCUGGCAAGAGCACCGUCGCCUGCACGCUGGAGCACGCUCUUGCGGAGUCUGGCAAAGUUACCGCUCUGCUGGACGGCGACAACAUUCGGCACGGCCUGAACAGCAACCUCGGAUUCUCUGCGACCGAUCGCGAGGAGAACAUCCGCCGCAUUGGCGAGGUCUCCAAGCUGUUCGCUGACACGGGUAUUGUCACUCUGGUCAGCUUCAUCUCGCCCUACCGCCGGGACCGCGACCGUGUCCGGUCUCGCGUGCCGGAGGGUCGUUUCAUCGAGGUGUUCAUGAAGGUCCCCAUCUCUAUCUGCGAGGAGCGUGACCCCAAGGGCCUCUACAAGAAGGCCCGCGCCGGCCAGCUCAAAGGCUUCACCGGCAUUGACGAUCCCUACGAGGAGCCCCUGAACGCGGAGGUGGUGCUGGAGGCGGAGACGGCGGACGGCAAGCGCAUCUCGCCCCAGGACCAGGCGCGCACGCUGCUCGAGUACCUGCACAGCAAGGGCUUCCUGACCGGUCCUUCCACCCCACCCAAGUAAAGCGGUAGGCAAGUGGACGUGCUGCGUUGUGGCGACGAUGAUGCGUAGGCGUGCGGCGUAGCCACGUGCUGGCUGUUUGGUGGUGAUGGGGGCUGGACAUAGUGGGCAGGGGGCUAGCAGGGCGGAUACGGCAGCGGAUGCUGUCCUUAUAGUCGGUGCUUUAGGGCAUGAUGCCGAUAGUGACCUGUAUACUCUUUGCUCUUUCGCGAGCUUGAUAUUGACGGUAGGACCCUAAAUGUUGUUGUGGCGCCAGGACACGGUGCGUCUUCAUGACUGUUUUCCUGACCAUGAUUUAUUAAUAGCUCGGACAACAACGUGACGCUUGGGUAGCGUUUGCAAAACCAGGAGAACUUGGAAUGCCGGGUCGACACAAGCAUUGCGCAACCCUCGAGUGGCUGAUGUGAGAUGUACGCAUGUGCAUGAAGUGAAUGCCUGCAGCAGUGUAAGAGCAAUGCUUCUCUAUGCAUUGCGUCCUCUGAGGCAGGAGCUACUGCAUUUGGGUGUAGGGGAUUAGCCCUAGGCAGUGGUCCGCGUAGGGACAUCGGGCAGGGAGUCGGGCCGGUGGGGAGGCACGCACACCGUGUCACCCCGGUGCGGCAGCAAAACGGGUUUGGUGUCAGCAAGUACAGGGUAUCUACAGGUAACUAAUGCCGUUACUUGGCAGCUGCAGCAGGCAGCAGGCCGGGCCCUGCGACGAGCGUUGUUCGGGCAUUUUGCAAGAUGUGGAACGGAUGAGCAUC